GCACCACUUGGACCUUGAAGGGCGCUCUCUUGGUGUGUCAUCCAUUUGCCUAACUCGCCAUGCAGACUCUCAAGAAGGGCGCGAGCUUCCUCUCCGAAGCCCGAGAUCGGUUGACCCGGGGAAGGUCCUCGACCUCAGAGGCGCUCAGUGGCGUGACCUCCGGUGGGGAGUCCCGCUCGGCGGGGCAGAAGGCCUUCUACAACUGCUCUCCUCAGGAGGCACACUGUCGGAAGCUCUUGGUACACCAAGAAGCUGUUGCAGGUGUGGUGGACCGCUACAUGUCGGCCAUGCUCUUCGCGUUGGAUGACAUGGCCACAGCACAUGAGAACUUGAUGGCGGGACUACAACAGGCUGCUGACUUGGUGGAUUUGCAAUGGCUUCACUCUGUGGAAGCCUUGGCCUCCAACCUGCGCCAGGGUGCCGAGGAGAACCGGAACGCCAUGUAUGGCAUUUUUCAAGAGCUGCAGUUGGUGAGGGGAAAGCACAAGGAAGCGGUUCGACUUGCCUCUGAAGCUGAGGUGGCCGCCAAUCGUCGUGCGCACUACGAGGUGAAGGUGGAACGCCUGCGCCAAGAGCUGCAGAAGAUGCGUGAGCAGCUGGGCUCUGCAGCGCUGGCGCCCGAGCGCAGUGGCGGGAGUGGGCUCCUGUCCAAGAGCCUGAACCAACGAAAGACGAACAACUACGACCUGAAACAAGGUCAGUUGUGCCGCAACGAGGAGAAGCUCACGCGCAUGACGGAGCUUCAGACCGAAGCUCACGCCUCGUCCUUGCGUUCGCUUCUGGUUUGCGUGACCUUCGGAAGGCAGAAGUUGCAAGUGUUGGUGGACCAAAUCCUUCGAAGUUGCAUCGAGGAUUUGAUACCUUCCAUCCACACCAAGCACACCGCUGCCAUGCAGAAACAGCCACCUCCAGCUAAAAGUGCCACUGCGGCGUAUGGUGGGGGUCCAGCUCGGCAGAAGAAACUGGAAGAUGUGCCAGAGGGCACACUGAAUGUGGGGGAUAUCGUCUGCGUCCAGGGCCUCUCCUCAGCGGCCCAGUACAAUGGGGAGAACGGCGCUGUGCGGACCUUGAGGCCGGAUGGCCGCAUCGAAGUGGAGCUGGUCCUCGAGGACCGUGCCACAGGCGAGUCCAACAAAAUCCUGGCGGUGCGCCCUGAGAACCUACGUCGGCUUUGCCCUGCUGAGCUGCCCUCACAGUGCUCGGGCCUGCUUGGACAAGGCGCUGAAGCCUUGGUCUUGGAAGACUGGGACCCCAAGCACGCCAAGCACCACGAAGACUCGGAUGACACCACGGCCGACGGCACUACGGGCCGCAGGGCCUCCUGCUGAGGUCGAGUUUCACGAUCUUGUGUUGCUGUGGGAUUUUGCGUGCCAGGUGCUCUACAUCCUUCGCGGCGCGGCGGAAACUGCUGCAUGAGAAGCAAGCGAGCGCGAGCGAGCAAAA